AAAAUAAAGAAGAAGUGAAGAAGCAGUCACAUUCAUCAUCACAACAAUAGCAACAAACAACAACGAUGGACAACGAUAACUUCUCAUCUUCGAUUCUUCUUCUUCUUCUUCUUCUUCUUCCUUCUUAACAACGUUUCGUUCUUUUCAAUUUCCAACCUCAAAAGUCAAAUAAAUCUUCUACGAUCAUGCUUUUUCUUUUCGCUCUUCUUCAAGAUUAUUAAACAAUAAUCUCUUCCUUAAUCAAAGAACGAUGAAGAAAGGGAAAGGUAAAAACAACGGUUUAUUACCUAGUUCCUUCAGAAUCAUCUCUUCUUGUCUCAAAACUGUUUCCACCAAUGCCUGCACCGUCGCUUCCACCGUCCGCUCCGCCGGCGCCUCCGUCGCUUCUUCCAUUACCUCCGAUGAUCACAAAGACCAGGUUACUUGGGCUGGUUUUGAUAAACUAGAGCUUGUUGAUCAGAAAAUUUUCAAGCGUGUUCUUUUACUUGGUUAUUUGAAUGGAUUUCAAGUACUUGAUGUGGAAGAUGGUUCUGGGUUUAGUGAGCUGGUUUCCAAGCGCGACGGUCCGGUUUCAUUUUUGCAGAUACAGCCUUUUCCUGUUGGUUUAGGGUCUGAUGAUCAAGAGGGGUUUGGAAAGUCGCAUCCUUUAUUGUUGGUUGUUGCCGGGGAUGAUGGACAAAAAAGAGAGGGUGAUAAGGUGGAGACUCAAUCUGGGAAUGGUGGUAAUUUGGCAACGGCUGUUCGGUUUUAUUCGUUGAAGUCUCAUUCUUAUGUUCAUGUUCUGAGGUUUCGAUCUGUGGUUUGUAUGAUCAGGUGUUGUUCGAAGGUUGUUGCUGUUGGUCUUGCCACACAAAUAUACUGUUUUGAUGCAUUGACUCUUGAGAAUAAGUUCAGUGUUCUCACCUAUCCUGUUCCUCAGUUAUCGGGACAAGGAACAAUAGGAGUAAAUGUGGGUUAUGGUCCAAUGGCUGUGGGUCCUAGGUGGCUAGCAUAUGCAUCCAAUAACCCACUGCCUUCAAAUGUCAGAUGCAUAAGCCCACAGAACCUGAGUCCUUCUCCAGGAGUUAGUCCAUCAACAUCUCCAAGCAGUGGUAACUUGGUGGCUCGUUAUGCAAUGGAAUCCAGUAAGCAUUUGGCUUCUGGUAUAUACAAAUACUGUCAAGAGUUUCUUCCGGAUGGUUCUAGUUCUCCAGUACCAUCAAAUUCUGGAUGGAAAGUUAGCAGAGUAACUGGAAAUGAUGUGGACAAUGCAGGAAUGGUAAUUGUUAAGGAUUUUGUUUCCAGAGAUGUUAUCUCACAAUUUAAAGCUCACUCUAGUCCUAUAUCUGCUCUAUGUUUUGACCCUAGUGGGACACUUCUGGUCACCGCAUCAGUCUAUGGAAACAGUAUUAAUAUCUUCCGGAUAAUGCCGUCUUGUGCACGCAAGGGUUCAGGGGUUCCAAGUUGUGACUGGAGCGCUACUCAUGUGCAUCUUUUUAGACUUCACCGUGGAAUAACACCAGCUAUGAUCCAGGACAUUUGUUUUAGUCAUUUCAGCCAGUGGGUUGCAAUUGUCUCUUCCAAGGGCACUUGCCAUCUUUUUGUUUUGUCGCCUUUUGGAGGCGAUACUGGUUUCCAAAUUAUCAGUUCCAAGGGGGAAGAGCCCUCCUUACUUCCUGUUCUGUCUCUGCCUUGGUGGUCUACUUCGUCUCUCAUUUCUCAUCAGCAGUCUUUGCCUCCCCCAGCACCUGUUGUCCUUUCUGUUGUUAGCCGAAUAAAGUAUAGCAGUUUUGGAUGGCUUAAUACCAUUCAAAAUUCUACUACAAAUGUAUCAGGAAAAGUGUUUGUGCCAUCUGGGGCUAUUGCUGCAAUAUUUCAUAAUUCCAUGUCUCACUCGCCACCACUUGUUAAGUCAAAGAUGAAAUCCUUAGAACACCUGUUGGUAUAUACACCAUCGGGUCAUAUAGUUCAACACGAGCUUCUUCCAUCUGUUGGUCCAGAACCAAAUGAAAUUGGUUCGAGAACACAGUCAGCUUCAACCCUGCAUAUGCAGGAGGAUGAGUUCAGAGUGAAAGUUGAGCCUAUUCAAUGGUGGGACGUAUGCAGAAGGUUAGAAUGGCCAGAAAAAGGGGAUUCUUGCGGCAAUACCUUUGACAGACAAGAUGGUAUCAAUAGAGUUCAAGAGAGAAUGUAUUCUGGUGAUGGCUAUGGAUUUAAUUUUGUAAAUAUAAGCGACGGUGUUGGGGAAAAGGCAGCAAAGCCCUCUACAAGAAAGCCCCAUGAGAUGUCUCACUGGUAUAUAUCUAACGCGGAGGUGCAACUAAAUUUUGGAAGGAUUCCAAUAUGGGAAAAUUCGAAGAUUUGCUUCUACUCGAUGAAUUCUGGCAGAACUGUUUCUAGUGCCGGUGGUGAGUCUGAAAUUGAAAAAAUCUCGGCUAACGAAGUUGAAAUAAGACGGAAGGAGUUGUUGCCUGUCUUUGACCAUUUCCAUAGCAUCAGACCGAGCUGGAAUGAGAGAAGCCUUCCAGAGGGAAAAUAUUUGCGGCCCGUAUCUCCUGCUCUUGAUGGGGCUGAAGACAAGCAAACUGCCGACAUGACUGUUAUUUGUCACUCAAAACCAGCAUCACUGAGCUCCACUGAAAGCUCUGAUGGAGGUUCAUCAAGAAGGACUGAAAAUUUGCUUGACCUGGAUCAAGUUUCUUCUUGUUGUCAAAUUCUUGGUGAGAUCUACCUGGAAAGAAUGGAGGCGACCAAUGCCGAGCCUUCUCAGCAAAACAAGAUUGUGUUAGAAAAUUUGUUGCAAUCUGGAAACAUGAAGCACGUGGAUUCUCCAUAUGACCAUUGUCUCAAUGGCAGUCCAUUACUGCAAGGGAAAAAGUCCAUUACUGCAAGGGAUGGUAUAGAAGGUGUUGGGAUUAGCGACAGCUCAACAUUGUUCCCGAACCAUGAUUUAGAUAAGAUCAAUUUUUUGGAUGCGGCCUCUGAAAUUCAAAAUGCAUCUAUCGAGCAUUCUUUCCCAGAUGACCACUGCAAGACACUUGUGCAUGAUGAAAGUAAUGUGUUAACUGAAGAAGUAACUGAUGAUGUUGACAGCAGCAGCAGCAGCCAUGAAAGAGAGCAACCAGAAGAUGGGGAGGAUGACGAAAUGCUUGGUGGCCUUUUUGCCUUUUCGGAGUAAGGUUGAUUACCAUAAAUGAAGUUGAAGAAGUCUCGGAAUCAAAAGAAUCAUCUUAUUUUCUCUUACCGCUGAAGUCUCAGUAAGAAAAUGCAAAGCAAUGUCCACAUUUGUGAAUAAGAAAUAGCACGAGCAACUAUCAUGCUGAUCUGUUGCUCAAUUGUGUGACCUCCCUCUCUGUCCCUCAGCCCUGUACAUUGCUGGAGAUGGGCAUCCAAAUAUUCUUGAUGGCUUUACCAACGUUGGGAGUUAUCAGUAUAUGUGUGGGUUUGCAAUCAGUCCUAAGCUUAACUUUUAUCAAGCUUGCAUGUAAAUAUGAAUUGAACAUGGAUUUCAUUCAAUGUAUAUAUUUUUUUUAUUAAUUCUGGAAUUUGGCUAUGAGAAUAAAUGUACCAUUUUUCUCCUCAAAGGGAAAAUGUUGAAAAGCAGGUUUUAAGAGGUCAUUUAAUGGUGCUUCUUUGUUUA